GCCCCCUCGUCGCAGCCCUCCUGCCUCCAGGUGUUCUUUCCGCGGCCUCCUGCAGGGGCUGCUGCUCCCCUCCCGUUUCUUCUCUUCCUCUCCGCCGCCGGGAAGCAACGGAGCUCCUCCCAGUCCCAGGUGAAGGUCUCUCCCUGCUGACCCCCGCGGAGCAGAGCAACACGGACGCACGCGCGCCUGCCCUCCCCUCUCCCCUCCUCCAGGUGUGAAUCCCGCACCGCGGAAAGUGAAAGUGCGGCGGGCCGGGGGAGGAAGAAGGAACCCGGGGCCCGCUGCAGCCUGGGGGGCUGGGAGCUGAGCGGCAGUGCUGAUGGCGGUGGAGGGGAUCGCCCGGUUUUUCCGAAACAGCCUACGUCGGAGAUCGGUCCGGAGAGAUGAACCCCAGGAUAUUCCUCCUACAGAAAGCAAAAUUGAUGCUGGUAGGAGGCCAGGAGACAGAUCCAGCUUUCCUUCUUCUGCAGGACACCUGUUUUUUGAGUAUUUAGUUGUGGUCUCACUUAAAAAGAACUCUGGGGGGAACUAUGAGCCCAAGAUUACUUACCAGUUUCCCAAGCGUGAAAACUUGUUGAGGGGACAGCGUGAAGAGGAAGAGAGAUUGCUGCAGGCCAUCCCGCUUUUCUGCUUCCCUGAUGGCAAUGAAUGGGCACCGCUCACAGAGUAUACCAGUGAAACAUUCUCUUUUGUCCUCACCAAUGUGGAUGGGAGUAGAAAGAUUGGCUACUGCAGGCGACUAUUGCCCACUGGACGAGGAGCUCGUCUCCCAGAGGUUUACUGUAUUAUAAGCUGCCUGGGUUGCUUCGGCCUGUUCUCAAAGAUUUUGGACGAGGUGGAGAAAAGGCGGCAGAUCUCUGCAGCGGUCAUCUAUCCCUUUAUGCAGGGUCUGCGGGAAUCGUCCUUUCCAGCACCUGGGAAAACAGUCACCAUUAAGAGCUUCAUCCCUGACUCGGGGACAGAGCUCCUAGAGCUAACCCGGCCCUUGGAUUCUCGACUGGAACAUGUGGAAUUUCGGGCACUUCUACAGUGCCUCAGUCCUGAUAAGAUCCUCCAGAUAUUUGCUUCUACAGCUCUGGAGCGACGGAUAGUCUUUCUGGCAGAAGACCUCAGCUCCCUCUCCAAGUGUAUCCAUGCAGCAGCUGCUCUUCUUUAUCCCUUUACAUGGGCCCAUACAUACAUCCCAGUGGUUCCGGAGCAGCUCUUGAGCACUGUCUGUUGCCCCACGCCUUUCAUGGUUGGCAUCCAAAAGCGCUACCUGGAAGAGGUCCUGGAUCAACCCAUGGAAGAGGUGCUACUUGUGGAUCUGUGUGAAGGCAAGUUCUUGAAAUUGGUUGGUGAUGAAGACGAGAUCUUGCCUGGCAAGCUACAGAGUGAGAUGCUGGCCUCUCUUCCAACAGUGAGCAACAACAUAAUGACCUCUGAGGAAUUCAAUGUACGCGUUUCAGAGACUUUUGUGCAGUUCUUUGUCAAAACCAUUGGCCACUACCCAGCGCACAUCAAAUGGAACAGAAGUGGUCAGGGCAGCUUCCAGGAGAAGUCGUUCUGCAAAGCCCCCACCUCCAAGACCUGCCGCAGGUUUCUGAAGAGAUUUGUGAAGACACAGAUGUUCUCAUUAUUUAUUCAGGAAGCAGAAAGGAGCAGAAAGUGUGUAGAAGGGUAUUUUCAACAAAAAUUAAAUGAAUAUCAAGAACAAAAGAAGCUAAGACGGCUGUCCUGAAUCCGCGUUCUACAUAGGAGGCACGCUGGCCAGAUAGGCAGGUCUGUACCUACAGCCAGCACCUGUUCAGCCCAAGACAACAGCUGCCAAGGAACAGAAGCACCACCUUGGCUUCACCAGUUUGGUGGGAUCAUGGUAUUGUCUCACCUUCCUCUGUAGACCAUGAAAGGCCAGGGUGGCUUCAGGUGCCAGUUCCUCCAUCCCCCCCCCCCUUUAUGACUUGCACUACAAGCUGCUUUUAUAUAGUUAAAGUUUGGCUGUGAUUCGUAGGCCAACUGACAGAAAGACAAAGCUGCAGCUCUUUAACAAAAUGGCAGCAUAAAAUUAAUGAGCCGAGUGAUCAUCCUGAUCAAAAUAGGACUCAAGAUAGUUCUAGAAAUAAAAUGACAUGGUGGAAAUGUGGGGUAGUAAACAAUGAUAAAGAAUGUAGAGAAAUUGGUAAGACUAAUUAUGUUUCUAGGAAACAAUUUUAUUGGCAUUAAAAUGGUUUCCAUUUCAAAGGCUUCCUUAUUGAAUGUCUUUCUGGUAAGUCCCCAUUGCUGAGGCAUUGAUGUUGCCCUUAUUUCUGUUCUCUAAAGAUGUAAUUCUAUAUCCAACCAAGUAAUAAUGGCUCCACUAAUUUCUCAAAAGAUUUCUCUGUAGGAAAUUAGUAGUCCAGACA